CAUUUCUUCUCAAAUCACAAAAAAACUCCCAAAACAAAGAAAUCAACAACUACCCAAAAAAAAAAAAACAUCUUCUACACUUUUUUUUCUUCCAUUUUCACCAAAAAAAAAAAAAACCAUUUCCAUAAAUUCACCACCCUAUAUAUAUAUAUAUAUAUAUAUAUAUACACUCUCAUCUCUUCAUUUCUUCUCAAAUCACAAAAAACUCCCAAAAAACAAAAAUCUCCUACACUUUUUUUUCACUUUCCCAAAAAAAAUGGACACCAAAAUAGGAUCAAUAGACACGUGUAAGCCUUCAAACAGUGACAUCUGUUGCCCAGCCAAAAACGGCGACGUAACAACCCUCCAAUCAUCGGCUCCACACGGCUCGCCGAUCGCGCCACCUGAAUCAACCUUAGGCCGUCAUCUGGCGCGCCGUUUAGUUCAAAUCGGCGUGAAUGAUGUAUUCUCAGUUCCAGGCGACUUCAACUUAACUCUUCUUGAUCAUCUUUUAGCCGAGCCGGGUCUUAACUUAGUCGGCUGCUGCAAUGAGCUUAACGCCGGCUAUGCAGCCGAUGGCUACGCUCGGUCUCGUGGCGUUGGCGCAUGUGUUGUUACUUUUACUGUUGGUGGUUUAAGUGUUCUUAAUGCUAUUGCUGGUGCUUAUAGUGAAAAUCUUCCGGUUAUUUGUAUUGUUGGUGGACCUAACUCUAAUGAUUAUGGGACUAAUCGUGUGUUACAUCAUACUAUUGGUUUACCUGAUUUUAGUCAGGAAUUAAGGUGUUUUCAAGCUCUUACUUGUUAUCAGGCGGUGGUUAAUAAUUUGGAUGAUGCACAUGAGUUGAUUGAUACAGCGAUAUCGACGGCGUUGAAGGAGAGUAAGCCGGUGUAUAUAAGUGUUGGUUGUAACUUACCGGCGAUUCCUCAUCCUACUUUUAGUAGGGAGCCUGUUCCAUUUUCUCUCUCUCCUAAGCUGAGUAAUCAGAUGGGUCUGCAUGCUGCAGUGGAGGCAGCUGCUGAGUUCCUGAACAAGGCAGUGAAGCCUGUCAUGGUGGGUGGGCCGAAACUGCGAGUGGCAAAGGCAGCUAGCGCCUUUGUUGAAUUAGCCGAUGCUUCUGGCUAUGCAUUGGCAGUGAUGCCCUCUGCCAAAGGCCAAGUCCCGGAGCACCAUUCACAUUUCAUUGGGACUUACUGGGGAGCAGUAAGCACUGCUUUCUGUGCUGAAAUUGUUGAGUCAGCUGAUGCAUAUAUUUUUGCUGGUCCAAUCUUUAAUGACUACAGUUCGGUUGGGUACUCACUGCUUCUCAAGAAAGAGAAAGCAAUCGUCGUGCAGCCUGAUAGGGUUGUGAUUGGCAAUGGUCCUGCUUUCGGCUGUGUUCUAAUGAAGGACUUCUUCAGGGAGUUGGCUAAGAAAAUUAAGAAAAACACCACAGCUUUUGAGAAUUACAGCAGAAUCUUUGUUCCUGAUGGGAAACCUCUCAAGUGUGAGCCUAACGAGCCAUUGAGGGUUAAUGUUCUUUUCCAGCAUAUCCAGAAGAUGUUAACCAGUGACACUGCCGUCAUUGCUGAGACAGGGGAUUCAUGGUUUAAUUGUCAGAAGUUGAAGUUACCGGAAGGAUGCGGGUAUGAGUUCCAAAUGCAGUAUGGAUCAAUUGGGUGGUCUGUUGGUGCCACCCUUGGUUAUGCUCAAGCUGUUCCUGAGAAACGAGUUCUUGCUUUCAUUGGUGAUGGGAGUUUCCAGGUGACUGCACAAGAUGUGUCUACAAUGUUACGAUGUGAACAAAAGACGAUUAUCUUCCUGAUCAACAAUGGUGGAUACACCAUCGAGGUUGAGAUCCAUGAUGGUCCAUAUAAUGUAAUCAAAAACUGGAAUUACACUGCACUCGUGGAAGCAAUUCACAAUGGUGAUGGUAAAUGCUGGACCGCUAAGGUUUUCGAUGAAGAGCAGCUCGUGGAAGCAAUCGAGACUGCAACAGGACCAAAGAAAGACUGUUUCUGCUUCAUAGAAGUGAUUGUUCAUAAAGAUGAUACCAGCAAAGAGCUGCUUGAAUGGGGUUCCAGAGUUUCUGCUGCCAAUAGUCGUCCCCCGAACCCCCAGUAGAUUUUAUUCUUCUCACUAUAUAAAUGAUAAAUCUGAAUGUCUCACUUAGUUUUUGGUUGUGUCAUGAAUUUUACAAUGUUUAGUAGUAGCAAUUGAGAAGUAUGAUCAUCCUAAACUGCAAGCUAAUGCAGAUAUUAUGUACAGACCUUCCUUUUUGAUGAGCAAGUUUUCAAUCCUUUUAAUUUGAUAUAAAGUUUGAUUUUAUUCA